AUGGACAUGGACAUGGGCAUAGACACGGGCACGGGCACGGGCACGGGCACAGACAAGGACACAGGCACAGGCACGGGCACGGACACGGACGCGGAUACGGACUCUGGCACGGGCACGGGCAUGGGCAUGGGCACAAGCACGGGCACAGGCACGGACACAGGCACGGGCACGGGCACAAACACGGACACAGGCACGGUCACAAGCACGGGCACGGGCACGGGCACAGGCACAAGCACGGACACGGACACGGACACGGACACGAACACGAACACGCGCACGGACACGGGCACGGGCACGGGCACGGACAAGGGCACGGGCACAGGCACGGACACAGGCACGGGCACGGGCACGAACACGGACACAGGCACGGUCACAAGCACGGGCACGGGCACGGGCACAGGCACAAGCACGGACACGGACACAGACACGGACACGAACACGAACACGCGCACGGGCACGGGCACGGACACGGGCACGGGCACGGACACGGGCACGAACACAUACACAGGCACGGGCACAAGCACGGGCACGGGCACAAGCAUGGACACGGACACGAACACGGACACGGACAUGGACACGCGCACGGGCACGGACACGGGCACAAGCACGGACACGGGCACGGGCACGGGCACAGACACGGGCACGGGCACGGACACGGGCACGGGCACGGGCACGAGCACGGACAAGGGCACGGGCACGGGCACAGGCACGGACACAGGCACGGGCACGGGCACGAACACGGACACAGGCACGGUCACAAGCACGGGCACGGGCACGGGCACAGGCACAAGCACGGACACGGACACAGACACGGACACAAACACGAACACGUGCACGGGAACGGACACGGGCACGGGCAUGGGCACGGACACGGGCACGAACACGUACACAGGCACGGGCACAAGCACGGGCACGGGCACAAGCAUGGACACGGACACGAACACGGACACGGACAUGGACACGCGCACGGGCACGGACACGGGCACAAGCACGGACACGGGCACGGGCACGGGCACAGACACGGGCAUGGGCACGGGCACGGGCAGGGGCACGGGCACGGGCACGAGCACGGACAAGGGCACGGGCACGGGCACAGGCACAAGCACAGACAAGGACACGGACACGGACACGGACACGAACACCAACACGCGCACGGGCACGAACACGGGCACGGGCACGGGCACGGAAAAGGGCACGGGCACGGGCACAGACACGGGCACGGGCACGGGCACAAGCACGGGCACGGACACGGACACGGAAACGGACACGGACACGGACACGGACACGGGCACGGGCACGGGCACAGGCACGGACACAGGCACGGGCACGGGCACGAACACGGACACAGGCACGGUCACAAGCACGGGCACGGGCACGGGCACAGGCACAAGCACGGACACGGACACAGACACGGACACGAACACGAACACGCGCACGGGCACGGACACGGGCACGGGCACGGACACGGGCACGAACACGUACACAGGCACGGGCACAAGCACGGGCACGGGCACAAGCAUGGACACGGACACGAACACGGACACGGACAUGGACACGCGCACGGACACGGGCACGGGCACGGACACGGGCACGAACACGUACACAGGCACGGGCACAAGCACGGGCACGGGCACAAGCAUGGACACGGACACGAACACGGACACGGACAUGGACACGCGCACGGGCACGGACACGGGCACAAGCACGGACACGGGCACGGGCACGGGCACAGACACGGGCACGGGCACGGGCACGGGCACAAGCACGGGCACGGGCACAAGCACGGGCACGGGCACAAGCACGGACACGGACACGGACACGGACACGGACACGAACACGGGCACGGACACAGGCACGGGCACGGGCAUGGGCAUGGACACGGGCACAGGCACGGGCACGGACUCAGGCACGGGCACGGGCAAAAGCACAGGCACAGACAUGGACACGGGCACGGGCACAAGCACGGGCACAAGCAUAGGAGGUCAGGGCUCUCAAUCAAGGAGGAAAGACUCCUCACAAACAAUGAAAAGGGUUUUUGAGUCGGGAGGCAACAACAACAACAACAACAACAACAACAAUGAGGCACUUUUGUCUGUGUGCCAGGAGACCUCACAUCAUACCUGCUCCAUCAGGGGAGCCCGUGCGCUUCUUUUAAGUCCUCCUGCUUUGGUGCCCUUCAUCUGCGGCCGCAGCCAGGUGGAAUUAGGCGUCAUUAUGUCUGACUACGCCGCGGUCGCUGGAGCGGAACUAACCUUUGACUUGAGCUCUGGAACGUGCAAAAAAACCAGCAGUCUUUCACUCUGCGUUACAUCAGCGGGAAGGAAGUGCAUGUGCUUUAUUGGAAUGUGCUGCUGGGUUGCAACUUGCAACCACCUCACCUUCAGGCACUUUCCAUUUGGCCUUGGAGUGCAAACGAGGGGUGCACACGGACAAGUGCGGGAGGACGACCAUGAAGAUGGAGAAGUGCAGGAGGAAGACCAUGAAGAUGAAACAAACUAA